AUGGCUAGUACUAAGCAAAUUGCUUGCCAGUCAACAGGCAGAAAGGCUCCAGGGAAGCAUCUGGCUACCAAGUUGGCUCGAAAGUUUGCCCCAACCACCACAGAGGUGUUAAGAAGCCUCACAGAAUUCGCCCUGGUACUGUUGCUCUUCGUCAAAUCCCUAAGCACUACAAUAGUACAGAGUUCCAGAUACGUAAACUGCCAUUCAAGAGACUUGUUCGCGAAUAUUGCCCACCGUAACUUCCCGAGUGGUGACUGUUUCCAGAGCAAAGAGUUGUUGGCAUUGCAGGAGGCUGCGGAGGCGUAUCUAGCUUGUGAGUCUGUGUGA